ACGAAAAUUUGCAAAACUACUAAAAAGUAAAGAUAUCACAGAAAAUAAUAUUCAUCUUGUGCUUUGUGGGCUUAAUUAUUCUUGAUUCUUUUAGUUUUUGUAAUAUAUAACCUAAACCAAACUUUCGAGGUUAUGGAUUCCAAUAACAAAACACGACAACUAGAGGAAGUGGAAGCUCUCAGCUCAAUAUACGGCGAAGACUGGGUGACUGAAAGUGAGGCAUGUUACAGUAUAAAAGUGAAAGACAUCAAGCGAGAGAUCUUGUUGAGUGUUACCAUGACCCCGGACUACCCGAGCCAGUCGCCGCCCCAGUACGAGCUGUCGGCGCCGUGGAUGGAUAGAAAGGCUAAGCAAAUACUGCAUCAGACUCUAGAUGCAGUGUAUUUAGAUAAUAUCGGUGAAACAGUGAUUUACCAAUGGGUGGAGGCGAUCCGGGAGUGUCUGAUGAACAUGAAGACACCCUCCCCGGAGCCUGAGACCGAGCUCGAGCUGCCUGAAUCUAUUGAUAGGUUAAAGUUAAGCAUCGAAUGCCCGGCCAUCACUCACGGGGCCGUGCUGACUGACAGAAAAAGUAAUUUCCAAGGUCACGCCGCUGAGGUCCACAGCAUAGAAGAAGUCAACGCCGUCCUAGAGAAACUAAAGGAAAACAAAAAAAUAAUGAACGCAACGCACAACAUGUACGCUUACCGUAUAGAGCGGACGAAGAACGGUCACACCACAUUCCUACAAGAUUGCGACGACGACGGCGAGGCCCACGCGGGUGGUCGCAUGUUGCAUCUACUGCAGAUAUUGGAUCAAAAGAACACGCUCGUUGUUGUAUCACGAUGGUAUGGCGGCAUCCAACUAGGCCCAGAUCGUUUUCGUCACAUCAAUAACGCAACUAGGCAAGUUAUCGAGCAAGCUGGACUACUGAAGAAGAAGUGACAAACCGAGAAAGACUUACGACACUCUUGCACUCAUCAUAAGAUGUGAUUGUAGUACUGAGACGGCACGUGAAGGUAAAUGGCAUCUUCAGUCGUUGUAGUAGGUGAUGUUUUGCAAUAUUUACAUUAUUUGGUGUGAGAGAGAUAUUAUUAGGUACGUCAUCUUCACACUAAACCCAAAAGAAAAACAAUGUUAUUCUCGGUUAAAACUAGUUUUAGAGGUCUAUCAUUAGAUAAGUCAACCAACACCAAGAAAAUAGUAAAGGGCAAUACUAUCGAAAAUUGACUACAAAGAUGGAUACUAUCUUUUUUUCACUACUAUAUGAUAGUCUAUCGAUAGUAAGCUCGAGCGACAACACUAGUUGAGACUUUUCAUUCUAUAAAAUGUCAUUAUUUAGACUGUCAUUUGUCAAACUGACAAUUAUUUUUUAAUUGAUCCCAGAAUAAGGUCUGAUUGGUUACCAAGUGUAUAAUUUUGACGUUAGGUUUAUUAAUAUAUCUAUUAGUAGAUAGAUUUGAGGGCCUAGUGUGAGUUUUUAUCAAUCGCGCUGACUGGUGAGCGCGUCAAAAAAUGUCAUUAAAUGUAUGACGGAUUGUACAGCGCCCCUAGCGGGAAACGUUCAAAAACUAAAAUUUUCAUACAUUUUUUAAACGCACUCACUAGUGAGCGCGUUUGCUGUAAACUGACACAGCCCACAGUAUCUACAUAUUAUUUACUGUCAAAAUUCAGUUGUCAUGCUUAUUUUAUGUAUAAAAUAUUGGCGGCGCCACUGUCUUAGCCACAAGCAAGUGACCUUACUUGCCAGUGGCGCCAACUGGUGAGCGUCGAGCGCAAUUAGGAAACCCUCAUUCAAGUGUAAUAUUAUCCUACAAAUAUUAUAAAUGCGAAAGUUUGUAUGGAUGUUUGUUACUCUUUCACGCAAAAACUACUACUUUGUUGAAACUUUACAGUUUUAUUGUUUAUAACCCAGAUUAAUAUAGGCUAUAAUUUAUACAAAAUAAAUUUCACGCGGGAAUUUUUAUAAAUUGCAAGCAAAAGCUUAUUUUCCCACACUACAAGUUGCUUGACUUAUGCUCAUUUUCAAAUACUAAUGGACUGUAAUCUAAAUGUUACGUAUUCAUUAAUAAAUUGCAAACUAACGAAUAAAGAUUUCAUUUAUCGAUUAAUCGAAUAUUAAUGGCCUCUUUCUUAAUAAAUAAGAUCUAUAAUUAUAAUGAGAUGGAUAUUAACCCUUAAAUAAUGUUUUGGUUAAUUGUGUAAUUAAUUAGUUACUAUCUUAGUGUUUGAUAAUGUGAUAUUAAUUACCUAAGAUCGUACUUACCUAAAAAGACUAAUUUUUAUUUUGCGUGGCAUUUAAAUGUUUUACAGUAAUUCUUGGUCUAACUUUAUAU